GAGAUGCAUGUGCGGAAGGCAGGUCAAGCUGUACAAGCCCAAGGGCGGCGAGCAGGACGGCACUGCAAAUGAUCUCGCGGAGUUGCACUCGAAGAGCGGCAAGGCCACCAAGGGCGCAGGCAAGGGCAAGGGCGGCGCUGGCAAAGGGGGCACACAGCCUGACCAAGCUACGCCACCAGCCUCACGCCUGCAGCUGCUACAGCAGACGAUCUCCUCCACGUCCGAUACUCUCUUGCUGACGCUCCUCCAGGAUGAGUUGGCGAAGGUGCAGGCGGCGAGCAUGCCGACCCAGAGCCCCGAGGAGGCGCUCAGGCUGGCCUCAGGCGCGUGGCGCGACGCCACCCUGCGCCACGACCAGGCCGUCAACGCGGCGGUCAAGGCGCAGGAGAACCUCACCAGAGUGCAGAUCGAUGAGGAAUUAUUCGAGGUGCAGAUCGAUGAGGAGUUAUUCGCAGGCCCGGAGGGCCUCGACAUCGAGCAGCAGGACCGCGAGGCCCUGCAGAAACUAGAGAAGGAGCUCAGGAGCGCGCAGGCCGCGAUGGAGGGCAAGCACUCCGAGGUCCAGCACCGGCAGGCUCGCCUGAAGGAGCUGCGCCAGAAG